AUGGCUACUGCUCUCGCCCUCGGUUUUGGAAUCGCCGCUACUGCCUUCUUCCGCUACCGUGGUGGCACCAGCGCUGUAGGCAAGGCCUUUUACAAGGGCGGCUUUGAGCAAAAGAUGACCAGAAAGGAAGCCGCUCUGAUCCUCGAGACCACAGAACGCGGCCUCACUCGCGACAUUAUCCGCAAGAAGCACCGUCAACUCAUGCUCUUGAACCACCCCGAUCGCGGCGGCAGCCCUUACCUCGCCACAAAAGUCAACGAAGCAAAAGAACUGCUGGAGAAGACGACGUAA